CGGAGGAGAGGUAGCACACAGGUCGCGUUUAGCCGCAAAAGAACACCACGUACGCUCGUCUCGUCUGCCUCUUUUCUCUUUUCUUUUUUUUGCGUGUGCGUGGAUAGUUGACGUCUCGUUGUUGUUGCGAGAAGCGAGAAGACGCCGAGCAUCCUGCACCCCGCCUGCAGCGAUGGGAGAAGCUGAGACGCGGCAGAAAUUGCUGCGCAAUGUGAAGAAAGAGGUGAAACAGAUCAUGGAGGAGGCGGUGACCAGGAAGUUCGUGCACGCCGACAGCAGCCACAUCAUCUCCUUCUGUGCCGUGGUGGAGGCCUGCGUGCUGCAUGGACUCAAGCGGCGCAUCGCGGGGCUGCUGUGCAGUAACAAGGUCGCGGCGCUCUUCAUGAAGGUGGCAAAGAGCUGCUCGCCCGCUGAGCAACUUUGUCACAAGGUCCAAGAGCUGGAGCGCCUCAUAGAAAACAGCAAACAGAACAACUCUUCGCAGAGCAACGAGCGCAGUCGGCAGUCCAAGUUGAACAACCUCCCCCCUCAAGCGCUCAAACACUUGUGGAUACGAACUGCUCUGCUGGAGAAGCUGCUGGACAAGAUCGUCUUGUAUUUAGUGGAGAACUGCAGUACGUUCUAUGAGAAAGAAGCCAUGCUGAUGGACCCUGUGGACGGGCCCAUUCUUGCGUCCCUAUUGGUUGGUCCCUGUGCUUUGGAGUACACCAAAGUCAAGACAGCAGACCACUUCUGGACCGACCCGUCUGCUGACGAACUGGUCCAGAGGCACCGCAUCCACAGCGGCCACUGUCGACAAGACUCUCCCUCAAGAAGACCAGCCCUGAUCCAGAAGAGACAGUCCAGUGGCAGCAUGGACGAUCGCCCUCUGGUGUGGGCGAGGGAGUAUGUGGAAUCUCUCCACCAGAACUCCAGAGCCACUUUGCUGUUCGGCAAGAACAAUGUUCUGGUGCAGCCGAGGGACGACAUGGAGGCCAUCCCGGGCUACUUGUCUCUGCACCAAACCGCAGAUCUGAUGACACUUAAAUGGACACCAAAUCAGCUGAUGAACGGCAAUGUCGGGGAGUUGGAUUCUGAGAGGAGUGUCUACUGGGACUACGCCAUGACAAUUCGCUUGGAGGAGAUUGUGUAUCUACACUGUCAUCAGCAAGUAAACAGCGGCGGAACAGUGGUUUUGGUGAGCCAGGACGGUAUCCAGAGACCCCCUUUACACUUCCCUAAGGGGGGCCACCUGCUACAAUUUCUCACCUGCCUGGAGACAGGCCUGCUACCUCACGGCCAGUUGGACCCGCCGCUCUGGAAUCAGAGAGGGAAGGGAAAGGUUUUCCCCAAACUGCGUAGGAGGAGCCCACAUGGGUCAUGUGACUCGGUGUCUGAUAAAGAGGAUGAGGAAGCCACCGAUUAUGUGUUCCGGAUCCUCUUUCCUGGGCAUCAAAUGGAGUUCAUGGCUUUAGAGCUGUUGGACCAGGGUAUGACCAUGUGGCAACCAACCGCCAGGAAGUCAUCCUGCUCCUCCUGCUCACAGAAUGGAUCAUCUGACGGCUCUCUGCCUAAUGGCUGCAAUCAAGAACGGGCUCCUCUAAAGCUUCUUUGCGACACCAUGAAGUACCAGAUCAUCUCACGGGCUUUCUACGGAUGGCUGGCGUACUGCCGCCAUCUGUCCACAGUUCGCACCCACCUCUCGGCUCUGGUCAACACCACUAUCGUCGUCCCCGAUGUGCCUUCGGAUGCCCAAGGAGGCCUCUCUGCGGACGUCUGGGCCAAGUUCCUCCACGACAGCUCUGCCUACGAGGAACAUGAGAUACACAGGCUUGUGUAUUUUGGCGGUGUGGCACCUUCACUACGCAAAGAGGUGUGGCCCUUCCUGUUGGGACACUACAAGUUUACAAUGAGUGAAAAGUGCAGGAUGGAGACUGACCAGCAGAUGCGCGCCUUGUACGAGCAGAACAUGAAGGAGUGGCAAGGUUGUGAGGACAUCGUGCUCCAAAGGGAGCGAGAGAAACACGCCGAGGCCCUCGCUAGAUGUUCGUCAGGCGCCAGCGUCGAGAGGAGGCCUGUCGAGCGAGACUCCACCAUCAGCACAGAUUCGUCGCUCAGCAGUAACUCAGAUCAGCAAAAUGUGCAGUCACAGAGCGACUCCAGCAGUAGUGCACUGGUGUUUGUAUCGGUCGAUGCCGGCGAUCCAAUGGAGACGAGACCGGAAGAAAGUCAAAAGCAGCACAACAGUCCAAUUAAGGACAUCCCUGCUGGUCCUGUUAGCUCCAGCAACCGAUCCGACCCUACAGGCUCAACGGAGCCAGUGAUUGAAUCUUCUCAGCAGUCGAUGGACACAUCAGAAGUCUUCAACGUACAAUCUGUGGAUGAAUCACCGCCAGACAGCGAAAAUAUUCUAGACUCAAGAGCAAAGGACGGCUUCUUAGGGAGUGAAAGGAUGGAGACUGAAAGUGACGGGGGUGAGGAUUCUGGAAACACAAAGAACCUAGAGUGCUCUGACGCUGAGAAGUCCAAAAAUGCUAAUGAGAAAUCUGGUGUGGUAAAAAGUAUAAAUACAAACAAGGAUGUAAGAUCUCCCCCAGGGAACACCAAUAUUAUCAAGCUGGAAACUGAGAUUCAGAACAAAUAUUUCCAAGCACCUCCGAUGGGUCAGGCUUUACAUUUUCAAGCACAAAAUACAAAAGAUCAGGACAGUAAGUCAGUUUCUCUGCUAACACCAGACGAAAUUCCACAAAUUGGGGCUGAACCAGAGUGUUUAGAAAAAGGAGAUUCAAAAGCAAUUUCAGUUGAGGCAAUGGAUUCUGUGUGUGAAGCCAGAAAAGUGUCAGACAUCCCAUUUGAGAAAGGCUCAAACUCACCUGUAAGGCAAGUCCUCAAUGCUCUCCAGUUGGCAUCCCGCGGGAGCCUUUCGCUGUCCUCUCACACCCGGCCGUCCCCGGACUCGGAUGAUUCCCCCUCCGCCUUAGAGAUGGAGGACAUCCCUGCCGGGGUGACAUGUUUGAACCUGGAGGGAAUUAGCAUUAGGCCUUUGACUGCCCUUGCCGCCCCUCCGGCCUCGUUGGCUCGGAGAGGGAAGACAGCACCUGAGGACCUCGUCUUAGAUCACCAUCUGGACACAGCUUGCAACACCAGUCCUGAGGGCACGGACCUGGGACUUUCCGAAGAUGAGCCUGACACCGAAAAUGUGUUUACAGCACCUGAACCUGUAGAGACCGCAGGAGAGUCUAAAUGUGACAAAUCCUUGGUGCACAAAACCUACUCUCAAGAAAUACUGGACAUGUAUCUGAUCAACUUGCAUCGCAUCGACAAAGAUGUCCGACGGUGUGACAGAACCUAUUGGUACUUCACUCCCGAAAACCUGGACAAGCUGAGGAACAUCAUGUGCAGCUACGUGUGGCAACAUCUGGACACAGGUUACGUCCAGGGCAUGUGCGAUAUACUGGCUCCCCUUCUGGUUAUUCUGGACAACGAGGUGAUGGCGUUCAGCUGCUUCACUGAACUGAUGAAAAGAAUGAACCUGAAUUUUCCUCAUGGGGGCGCCAUGGACUCACAUUUUGCCAGCAUGCGUUCUCUUAUCCAGAUCCUGGACUCUGAACUGUUUGAACUGAUGCAACAAAACGGCGACUACACUCACUUCUACUUCUGCUACCGCUGGUUCCUACUGGACUUUAAAAGAGAAAUGGUCUAUGACGAUGUGUUCUCCGUUUGGGAAACCAUCUGGGCGGCGGCGUACACAACCUCUGAGCAUUUUGUGCUUUUCAUCGCAUUGGCGCUGGUGGAGAUGUACAGGGAUAUCAUCCUGGAAAACAACAUGGACUUCACGGACAUCAUCAAGUUCUUCAAUGAAAUGGCAGAUCAUCACGACGUCCCGCAGGUCCUGAUGAUGGCCCGAGACUUAGUCCACAAAGUGCAAACACUUAUAGAAAACAAGUGAUCAGCGUACUCGCCUGUUUAGGUUGUUUUAAAGAUAAUGACACACACAAAAAGCUAAUGAAACAAUGAUCAACAUAUACAGUUGCAAGAAAAACUAUGUGAACCCUUUGGGAUCACUUGGAUUUCUGCAUAAAUUGGACAUUAAAUGUGUUUUGACCUUUAUCUAAGUCACAAUAGACAAACACAGUCUGCUUAAACUAAUACUGCACACACACAAAAAAAUCUUAAUUUUUUUUUAUUGAACAGAACAUGUGAACACUUACAGUGCAGGGUGGGAAAGUAUGUGAACCUUUGGAUUUAAUAACUGGUUGACCCUCCUUUGACAACAAGAACCUCAACCAAACGUUCACCGUAAUUGCAGAUCAGACUUGUACGACGGUCUGGAGGACUUUUUGACCAUUCCUCUUUACAAAAGUGUUUCAGUGCAGCAAUAUUCUUUUGAUGUCUCGUGUGAAAUGCUCUCUUGAGGUCAUGCCACAGCACCUCAAUCAGGCUGAGGUCAGGAAUCUGAGUGGGCCACUCCUGGAGUUCUGUUGAUUUACUUUAACGCUUUGGGUCAUUGUCCUGUAGCAUCGCCCAUCCUCUUUUGGGCUUCAGUUGGCAGACAGGUGCUUUUAAGUUUUUCUAUAUGUUUUGAUUCAAUUGGGAAUUCAUUUUUCCGUCGAUGACAGCAAUCCGUCCAGACCCUGAGACAGCAAAGCAGCCCCAAACCAUGAUGCCUCCUCCACCAUAUUUCACUGUUGGGAGGUUUUGAUGUUGGUGUACUGUGCCUUUUUUUCUCCACUCGUAGCGUUGUGUUCCUCCCAAACAACUCAAUAUUGGUUUCAUUUGUCCACAGAAUAUUUUAACAGUAGUGCUGUGGAACAUCUAGUUGCUCUUUUGCAAACUUCAAACGUGUAGCAAUAUUUUGACAGCGGCGGCUUCCUCCGUAGUGUCCCCCCAUGAACUCCACUCCUGUUCAAUGUUUUCCUUAUUGUUGGUUGGUCAACAAAAAUGUUAGCAUGUGCCAGAGAUUUUUGUAGGUCCUUAGUUGACACUCUUUGAAUUAUUUUUCCCUUCAUUGAGCAUUCUGCGCCAUGCUCUUGCGGUCGUCUUUACAGUAUGACCACACCGAGAGAGAGUAGUAACACUGCUGAACUUUCUCCAUACAUCUUCAUGUAAGUCAAUGAUUCUUGAUCAUAGUUUUUUAGAGAGCGCUUUUGUGCUUUGAUUGAUUGAUUGACUGAGACUUUUAUUAGUAGGUUGCACAGUGAAGUACAUAUUCCGUACAAUUGACCACUAAAUGGUAACACCCGAAUAAGUUUUUCAACUUGUUUAAGUCGGGGUUCACUUAAAUUGAUUCAUGAUACAGAUAUAUACCAUCAUCAUAAUACAGUCAUCACACAAGAUAAUCACAUUGAAUUAUUUACAUUAUUUGUGGAGGGGGGCGGGGGUAGGUUUGGUUGUUAUCAUCAGUCAACAAUUGAGAACAGAGAAAUUGCUAAGCAACUGUUCACAUCAGGCAAUAUACUUUGUAAGAACAGCGAACUCAAAACUGGUGUGUUUUUAUAGGGCAGGGCAGCUUUAACUAACACCUGUAAUCUCAUCACAUUGGUUGGACUCCAGGUUGGUUGACUUCUGGCUCCAAUUGACUCUUGGAGAAGUAAUAAGCUUAGGGGUUCAUACUUUUUCCAUACCUAGAGUGAAUGUUUACACAUUGUGUUGAAAAAAAACAAACAGGAAAACAUAACAUUUUAAGUGCAGUAUAAGUUUAAGAAGAUUGUUGUGACCUAAAUGAAGAUCGCAACUAAUUUUAUGCCCAAAUUGUGCAGAAAUCCAAGUAAUCCCGAUGCGUUCACAUACUUUUUCUUGCAACUGUAACUAAAAUGCAGUAACACGAGUGCAGCGGUUUUAAGUGGUUGCUCCUUUCUAAUUGGUGGGAUGCAAUUGAAGGGCGAGUAAAUGUAUUUUCCAAGCGCUGUUCACCUCGUGAAUGUACUUUCAUUGAAACUGCUUCAAGAUGUUAUUUUGCCUUAAAUAUUUUUUCAGGGAUACGGCAAAUGUCAGAUCAUUUAAUCACACCGCUACAUUCAAUUGUUAGGAUUCAAAUUGGGUGCUGCUAAUGACCAAGACAAUUGAUUAGUGUUGGGGUGUGUCCAAGUGGCUUGUGUAAUUCCUGGUGUGUUAGUCAAUAACCAUUAGGCUUGAUGCCUCCUAAGCCAUCUCAUUUCUGUCCCAAUCCUUUACAUCUUAACAAAACCGUGUUGAACAUUUUUUCUGUGCAGUUGCAUUUUGGUGCUCGCCGACUCACUUUAGUGUGCUCAAACAAAGCAAAUUACUAGAUUUAUCACCAAACACAAAUCUGUGAACUCUGGGAUUUUUGUGUGAUGACUAAGACAAUGUGAUCUUGCUUUUUGAGGUCAAUUUUUGGGAUUUUUAAAAAAGUUCAGUGAUAUAUUAAGUUGGGUCUGUGAGUGUUGUCAUGUCAGGCUUUUAACCAAAUAGAUGUAUACUAUAAAUGGUAAGGUUCAGGCAUCCAGAAGGGGUAAAUUAGAUCCAUGGGUAACACCAAAACCAUUUUAAAAUUUGCCAGUCAGUUACAACCCCUCAGUGUUUCAUUAUCACUGCUUUAAGUGUUCCCAGACGUUCCUCUGAAACAGGCCAGUGUUGUUUGUGAAUUGUCGUGCUGCUCUUUGUCAGAAGAUUAACUGUAUACAAUGUGAGAUCCAUUGUAAAAACAAAGCUAGCACAUAUGAAAUGCAAUACAAUGUCUAUAAAUGGGAUUAAUCUGAUUAUAAUGAAGAGAGAGUUACUAAACAUAUUUAAUUGGAGACAUUUAUUUUUUUCCUGUCUUCUCAAAAAUGUAAGCGGUUAGAAUUAAUUUAUUGUGAAUUAAAAUAUUCUAUUUUGCA